AGCUGCGCCUCCGCCACCGCCGCUGCCUCUUCUGCUGCGGUCGCUAGCGCGGCGCGCAGGGCAGGCGGAAGCUGGGCAGUGGAUGCGCUCCUGCCUCCCCCGCCAGCGCUUCGGGCUUCCCCUCGGCUGCUUCCCGCCGGAACCUCUCCAGGUGUCCACCUGAAGGACACGAGCAUCAUGGUCUAACGUGGCACCUGCCUGGAAUCCCCUCUUUCUCCUCUUCUCCUCCUUCACCCCUCCUCUCCUCCGAGGACCCUCGUGCCCACUCCACUGCGGACCCCCGAACACUUAAAGGAAUAACCCUUGGCAGCUGCACGAUUCACUCUCUCCGGAACCUCAUGGGCAGUUUCUCCCGCCGGCGAUGAUGGAGAACCUAAUAAGGGGAAGGAAUCCCCCACAAUAUCAGAGAAGUCCUUGUAAAGAAGUUCGUGCAGCCCUUCGGAAGAGGCCUGAAGAGGAGUUGCAGUGCCUGGAGAUGACCACCAAGCGGAAAAUCAUCGGCCGACUGGUGCCGUGCCGAUGUUUCCGAGGUGAAGAAGAAAUCAUCUCAGUUUUAGAUUACUCCCACUGCAGUCUUCAGCAGGUGCCAAAGGAGGUCUUUAACUUUGAACGGACAUUAGAGGAACUUUACCUAGAUGCCAAUCAAAUUGAAGAGCUACCAAAGCAAUUGUUCAACUGUCAAGCUCUAAGAAAACUAAGUAUUCCUGACAAUGACCUUUCAAAUCUGCCAACCACUAUUGCUAGUUUAGUUAACCUUAAAGAACUCGACAUCAGUAAAAAUGGUGUACAAGAAUUUCCAGAAAACAUAAAGUGCUGUAAGUGUUUAACAAUUAUUGAAGCCAGUGUCAAUCCCAUUUCUAAACUCCCUGAUGGCUUCACACAGCUUCUAAACCUGACCCAGCUCUACCUGAAUGAUGCCUUUCUUGAAUUUCUUCCAGCCAAUUUUGGAAGACUUGCCAAAUUGCGGAUAUUGGAGUUAAGAGAAAAUCACUUGAAAACUCUACCAAAGUCAAUGCACAAACUGGCCCAGUUGGAAAGACUUGACCUAGGCAAUAAUGAAUUCAGUGAGCUGCCUGAAGUUAUGGAUCAAAUACAAAAUUUAAGAGAACUGUGGAUGGAUAAUAAUGCAUUGCAAGUGCUACCUGGGUCUAUAGGGAAGUUAAAGACGUUGGUAUACCUGGAUAUGUCAAAAAACAGAAUAGAAACAGUUGACAUGGACAUUUCUGGAUGUGAAGCCCUGGAGGACCUCUUACUGUCAUCCAAUAUGUUGCAACAGUUGCCUGACUCUAUAGGUUUGUUGAAAAAACUAACUACCCUAAAAGUAGAUGACAAUCAACUUACAAUGCUACCCAAUACAAUCGGAAAUUUAUCUUUAUUAGAAGAAUUUGACUGUAGCUGUAAUGAACUGGAGUCACUACCUUCUACUAUUGGCUACCUUCACAGUCUUCGGACAUUAGCAGUCGAUGAGAAUUUCCUUCCAGAAUUACCCAGAGAAAUUGGAAGCUGUAAGAAUGUAACAGUUAUGUCUCUACGCUCCAAUAAACUGGAAUUUCUUCCUGAAGAGAUUGGACAGAUGCAGAAACUAAGAGUCUUAAAUUUGAGUGACAACAGAUUGAAGAAUUUACCAUUCUCAUUUACCAAACUUAAGGAGCUUGCAGCUUUGUGGCUUUCUGACAAUCAGUCCAAAGCCCUUAUCCCUUUACAAACUGAAGCCCAUCCAGAAACAAAGCAAAGAGUAUUGACUAACUACAUGUUUCCACAGCAACCUCGUGGUGAUGAAGAUUUCCAGUCAGACAGUGACAGCUUUAACCCUACACUGUGGGAAGAACAGAGACAACAACGCAUGACUGUUGCCUUUGAAUUUGAAGAAAAAAAGGAAGAUGAUGAAAAUGCUGGGAAAGUUAAGGAUCACCCCUGCCAAGCCCCCUGGGAAAGGGGCCAGCGUGGGAUUACUCUCCAACCUGCCAGACUCUCUGGCGAUUGCUGCACACCAUGGGCCAGGUGUGAUCAGCAGAUCCAAGAUAUGCCCGUCCCCCAGAAUGACCCACAGCUGGCAUGGGGUUGUAUAAGUGGCCUCCAGCAGGAAAGGAGCAUGUGUACUCCAUUGCCAGUUGCAGCACAAUCCACCACUCUUCCCUCUCUAAGUGGCAGACAGGUUGAAAUAAACCUAAAACGAUAUCCAACUCCUUACCCAGAGGAUUUAAAGAAUAUGGUAAAAUCUGUUCAAAAUCUGGUGGGUAAGCCAAGCCAUGGAGUGCGUGUUGAGAAUUCAAAUGCAACUGCUAACACGGAGCAAACUGUGAAAGAAAAAUACGAACACAAGUGGCCUGUAGCCCCAAAGGAGAUUACAGUGGAGGAUUCUUUUGUUCAUCCAGCUAAUGAAAUGAGGAUUGGGGAACUUCACCCUUCAUUAGCUGAGACCCCUCUGUACCCACCCAAACUUGUUCUGCUAGGGAAGGACAAAAAAGAAUCAACCGAUGAGUCUGAAGUUGACAAAACUCACUGUCUGAAUAACAGUGUUUCCUCAGGCACUUACUCAGACUACUCGCCUUCCCAGGCUUCCUCAGGAUCCUCUAACACCCGGGUUAAAGUGGGGUCCUUGCAGACAACAGCUAAAGAGGCAGUACAUAAUUCUUUGUGGGGUAACAGGAUUGCACAAUCUUUCCCACAGCCUCUUGAUGCAAAGCCAUUGCUCAGCCAGCGGGAGGCUGUCCCCCCAGGGAAUCUACCACAGCGUCCUGACCGGCUGCCAUUGAGUGACACUUUCACUGACAACUGGACUGAUGGCUCACAUUAUGAUAACACCGGGUUUGUUGCAGAGGAAACCACAGGCGAGAAUGCCAACAAUAAUCCUCUCCUGAGUUCAAAAUCUAGAAGCACAUCUUCUCAUGGACGCAGGCCUUUGAUUAGGCAGGAUAGGAUUGUUGGUGUUCCCCUGGAACUUGAGCAGUCUACACACAGACACACACCAGAAACAGAAGUGCCUCCUUCCAAUCCUUGGCAGAAUUGGACCAGAACCCCUAGUCCUUUUGAAGACAGGACUGCUUUCCCUUCCAAAUUAGAGACAACCCCUACCACCAGCCCAUUGCCUGAAAGGAAAGAACAUAUAAAAGAAUCUGCUGAAAUACCUAGUCCUUUUUCUCCAGGAGUACCAUGGGAGUAUCAUGAUUCUAAUCCCAACAGGAGUCUCAGUAAUGUCUUUUCUCAAAUCCACUGCCGCCCAGAAUCUUCUAAAGGUGUUAUAUCAAUUAGCAAAAGCACAGAGAGGCUUUCCCCACUAAUGAAAGACAUCAAGUCCAAUAAAUUCAAGAAGUCACAGAGUAUCGAUGAGAUUGACAUUGGCACAUACAAGGUUUAUAAUAUACCAUUAGAAAACUAUGCUUCUGGGAGUGAUCACUUAGGAAGUCACGAACGACCUGACAAAAUGUUAGGACCAGAGCAUGGUAUGUCCAGUAUGUCUCGAAGCCAGUCAGUCCCGAUGCUGGAUGACGAGAUGCUCACUUAUGGAAGUAAUAAAGGGCCACAACAACAAAAAGCUUCCAUGACAAAAAAAGUCUAUCAAUUUGACCAAAGCUUCAAUCCCCAAGGAGCAGUGGAAGUUAAAGCUGAAAAGAGGAUACCACCCCCAUUUCAACACAAUUCUGAGUACGUGCAACAGCCGGGCAAAAACAUCACCAAGGAUUUGGUUAGUCCUAGAGCUUACAGAGGAUACCCACCGAUGGAGCAAAUAUUUUCAUUUUCUCAGCCAUCUGUUAAUGAGGAUGUUGUAGUAAAUGCCCAGUUUGCAAGCCAAGGUGCCAGGGCAGGCUUCUUGAGAAGAGCUGACUCCCUGGCAAGUUCCACAGAAAUGGCCAUGUUUAGAAGGGUCAGUGAACCUCAUGAGCUGCCUCCGAAUGAUAGGUACGGCAGACCUCCAUAUAGGGGAGGUCUGGAUCGCCAAAGCAGCGUUUCAGUGACUGAGUCCCAGUUCCUGAAAAGGAAUGGCAGGUAUGAAGAUGAACACCCUUCAUAUCAAGAAGUGAAAGCUCAGGCGGGAAGUUUUCCAGUUAAAAACCUUACCCAAAGGAGGCCAUUGUCUGCAAGAAGCUACAGUACAGAGAGUUAUGGUGCCUCCCAAACCAGGCCAGUUUCAGCUAGGCCUACUAUGGCAGCUCUUUUGGAAAAAAUACCAUCUGACUAUAACUUGGGUAACUAUGGUGACAAGCCAUCAGAUAACAGUGAUAUAAAGACGAGGCCUACUCCUGUGAAGGGAGAGGAGAGCUGUGGUAAAAUGCCUGCAGACUGGAGACAACAGCUGCUUAGACAUAUAGAAGCUAGAAGGUUAGACAGGACCCCGUCCCAGCAAAGCAACAUUUUAGACAAUGGACAAGAAGAUGUAUCUCCUAGUGGCCAGUGGAAUCCUUAUCCUCUUGGGAGGCGGGAUGUACCUCCGGACACCAUUACUAAAAAGGCAGGCAGCCACAUCCAGACAUUGAUGGGGUCCCAGAGCCUUCAACAUCGUAGCCGGGAGCAGCAGCCAUAUGAAGGAAACAUAAACAAAGUGACCAUCCAGCAGUUUCAGUCACCAUUGCCUAUUCAGAUCCCCUCUUCACAGGCCACCCGGGGACCUCAGCCUGGACGGUGCUUAAUUCAAACUAAAGGGCAAAGGAGUAUGGAUGGCUAUCCAGAGCAGUUUUGUGUGAGAAUAGAAAAGAAUCCUGGCCUUGGAUUUAGUAUCAGUGGUGGAAUUAGUGGACAAGGAAAUCCAUUUAAACCUUCUGACAAGGGUAUCUUUGUUACUAGGGUUCAGCCUGAUGGACCAGCAUCCAACCUGCUGCAGCCUGGUGAUAAGAUCCUUCAGGCAAAUGGACAUAGUUUUGUACAUAUGGAACAUGAAAAAGCUGUAUUACUACUGAAGAGUUUCCAGAACACAGUAGACCUAGUUAUUCAACGUGAGCUUACUGUCUAA